ACAAAAUUCUCCAUACGAGUAGUUAAGAAAUUUUUGGUGCCGAUAAUGGAAUACGUUUGCAAAAUCCUAAGUUAUGAUCUGUACGCGCCCUUCGCAAAGCUCUACGAAGGCACUAAAGGCAAUUCUUACAAUUCAGCGAAUGUGCAUAUUAUUGAUCAUCCUAGUUAUACGAUACGACACAGUUACCCGGGCCGUGUAGUCACCUAUGAUGCCGAGGCGAUCAAUGAGCCCAGGUGCAUACGUGAGUCCGACUUACAGGGUAGUCUAAUGAAUACGAUUUUGGAAAAAGUGGGAAACUGCGAGGACAAAGAACCGACUACUAGGGAGGAGGAUGAAAGUCUUUUUGAUCGCAUAUACGAGGAACAUCAUGCGACUCGGAAUGCCUGUCCCAGCUGCUGUAAAAAAGAGGAAAAGAAGAGAGACGAGUGUUGCAAGGCCGAAGAGGACGAGGAAGACCAAGAAGGCGAGGAAGAUGAAGGCGAUGAAGAUGAGGAGGAAGAGGGAGAGGACGAGGAGGAGGAGGAGGAGAAUGAAGACGAGGAAGAAUGCGACAACUGUGCUCAAAACACAAAUUGUGUGCCUAAGAAGACCUUCAAGACGCCUUGUGCUAAAAAAUGUAAGCCAAAGCGUAGGAUUCAAUGUCCUUUAAAGGCAGGCAAGCAAAUGAAGCAGCCAUGUCAUGCAGCAGCAAGUUGCAAGCCACAAAAAGCGUCCAUGUUGGGUACUGUAAAGGAAGUGCUCACGGGCCUAUUCAGCUGUCAGGAGAAGUCCUGUUGCAAGAAAGAGAAAGAUGAGUCAAAAUUAAAGGAUAUUGAUGCGUGUGCCAAGAAGCGGUAUGAGGCUUGCCUAAGCAGCUGUCAGGAUACACCGAGCUGGGAGGAGUUGACGCCCGCUCAGAAAUUGAGGUACCACUGGCUGAUACUGACCAGCGAGGAACCACGACGCACACCUUUCGAGAACUUUUGUCAAUGGUACGUCAAAAAUCUUCGCAGCGACUAUCCUAGAGGCGGGGCGAGGCGCAAGAGAUGCGAGGCCCGCAUGUAUUGGCGUGCCUUUGGACAUUGCGAACGCUUGCCAUUCAUCCUUUUGUCCUUGAUCUAUCAUGUGGUCAAUGAUAAAAUCGAUGUGUGCGAUCACUGUGCUGUACGUGAUUUCUUCGCCAAGCACCGAGUACAUUGAGAAUAAAGAGCUUUGACCUUGA